UUCUGCUUUGAAUGAUCAGAUGUCACAUGACUUUAAAAUGGCAGAUGAUACCAAAAAUGUUUUGGCUCUGUUGAACGGGCUUGCAAAGCGAACAUACUAUGGGGAAUCAGAAAUAACAGAUGAUUUUUUGAAGCAAGAGAUAUUUCCAGAUUUAUCAGAUGAUGACUUUGCCGGUUUGUUAUCAAAAUGUUCCUCUCUGAUAAAGAGCAUGGUGUCAGCAGACAUGGACCUAAAUCAGUCAGAGGCAUUCCUGACAUCACAGAUGAAGAAACCGGAAGGUGGAAUCACGGAAAAUCAGGCAAAUGCCUUUAGGAAAUUCUGGAAAAUUCAUAAAAACAAAAUUCAUGAAGCUGUUAUUUCCCAUUCUACUUGGAACAAUACAUUGAAACAAGUGUCAUGGAGAAUAGAUAUACAAUCUCAAGCAAGACAUAUUGACCAGAUAAAUGCUCCCACUGCCAUAAUGGAACUACAGCUAGGACCAAAAACCUCUAAUUCACAGAAAACAGAAGUUGUGAGAUUUGAGAUGGACGAGACAAGGUUAGGCAGUGUACUACAGACAAUGCAAGAUAUAGAAAAUGAAGUAAACAAAUACUGUCAACAGUGAACUUAUUCAAGUACAACAUUUCAUUUAGAGAUAAUGUAACAAUAACAAAAUAUUGACAAAUGUGAACAUGUUAAAGUACAGUAUUUUCAUUUAAAUGAACACAUAACAGUAACAAGAUAUUGUUAACUUUGAAACUGUAAAGAAACUUGAAGAAAGUGUUUAAAAGAGGUUUGGCAGUGUCUUACGCCCAGUUCAAGACCAGGAACAUGAUGUGAAUAUUAUUGUUUACACUAAACAUACAACUAUGUAAGAAGUUAACAAUAACUGUCAACAGUGACAAUGGAAACACAAACAGUUCUCUUGGGAAAGGAUUGUGUAAAUAGUUACUUUGAUGGGGGGAAGUUUGGGGACAUUAGGAAUAUACCGUAACUGAGAACAUGUGCAAGUAAUUCAUAAGUAAACUACAUGAGGAAGGAACAAGAUAAGUAAAAAUGUGAAAUUUAAAUGGCCAAUCUUUUGAGUAUACAAAAGCAUGUAAAAUGUCUUUAGUAGACUUAUAGUGUCAAGAGAUUUCAGUCAAUACAGUUUUAAAUAAAUGAUUUGUAACCAAAGGUGCA